AGGAAGAACAGAGCAGGAAACGACGCUGUCAAACUUCAUAAACGAAACGUAGCGUUCCAAAACCAUCCCCUCUGUUACAAGUGGUAGUGGAGAGCGACCUCUGCUGCAGCAAAGCCCGACCUGCUCUCUCUCUCACUCUCUCUCUUUUUUUGUUGGCUGGAACGGAGGAGCGAGCACAUGCUUUCGAGGAUGAAUGGCGUCGUGUGGGCUGACGAGGGCGGCGACGAGGAGGGCGCUGCCUCGUGGACGAGAAUGAACGCAGCCUCCGUCUCCGGUGGUAGCGGUGGAGCGAUGGGCGAAGGCAAAGACGAGCUCGGCCUCCCGAGUUUCAAGUCCAUUCUCGACGACGACUGGUACUUGGGGGGUACUAACGCGGCCGCUGCCCACAACCUGCUGCCGGCGUCGGUCAUCGCUCAUCAUCCCUUCGACGGCUUCCACCCGCAUGCGGAGCUCAAAGAUGUGACCUUUCCCACGAACCCUAAGUCGCAUGAGGCUUUAAUGCUCCAGCCCGCCGAUGACCUCGACCAAAAUCAGCCUUUUUUCACUGGAAAGUCGAGCUUUGCCUCUCUCUUCGGCGCGGUUUGUUCGAGUCCCUUCGACGCCGGGCUCGAUCUCGGGGGCGAUGCUCCGGGGUUUCUUCCGGCUUCACACGUGUCCGCGUCCUCUGUCUUGAUGAACAGAGGCGUCGGAGUCGGCGGCAACGGGGAGGGAGUCCAGGGUUUCGCUGGGUUGGGAGCGAGCGACCAACUCAUUUGUGCCGAUCUGAGCUCCGGAGGCGAGUUUUCCGGGGUCCGUAUCCUUUCGCCUUCCGAGAACUGUGCCGGUUCCAUCUCCGGCGCCGGCUUUAGCCCCAUGGGCUUCAACAGCUUCGAGAUUUCUCCAUUUCUCAACAGGUCCAAAUUAUUGAGGCCGCUGGAGAUAUUCCCUCCGGUAGGAGCGCAGCCGACUCUGUUCCAGAAGCGUGCGGCCGCCGCACUGCGGCAGAAUUCAGCCACGGCCGGUGAAAAAGGCAGCUUCCUAGGGCUCUGGGGGUCAGAAGGAAUUGGGCAGGACAACUGGGGGAAGUCCUCAUUUGAACUAGAGAUUGAAAAGAACAGGAAAGGCAAUGACGAAUACGAAAUGGACGACGGAAGCAUGGACGCGUCGGGGUUGAACUAUGACACAGAUGAAGGCGCUACAGAGAAAGCCAGAGGCGAGGAGAACACAAAGGAAGGUGGCGCAGGAAGCAACUCGAUUGCCAACAGCACAGUGACCGGUGGCGGCGACCAAAAAGGGAAAAGGAAGGGCCUCCCUGCCAAAAACUUGAUGGCGGAGAGGAGGAGGCGAAAGAAGCUCAAUGACCGGCUUUACAUGCUAAGAUCUGUGGUUCCCAAAAUCAGCAAGAUGGACAGAGCUUCCAUUCUUGGCGAUGCUAUUGAAUACUUAAAGGAGCUUUUGCAAAGGAUCAAUGACCUUCACAAUGAACUAGAGUCAACGCCUUCGAAUUCUUCAAUAGCUGGUACUAGCGCGGCUAGUUUUCACCCUUUAACUCCAACGUUGCCCACUCUACCAUGCCAUGUGAAGGAUGAACUUUGUCCAAGCUCUUUACCAAGCCCAACUAGUCAGCCAGCACGGAUCGAGGUUAAGCUAAGAGAAGGCCACACCGUUAACAUCCAUAUGUUUUGCGCCCGCCGACCUGGCCUGUUACUCUCCACCAUGAGGGCACUUGAUGGCCUGGGGCUCGACAUCCAGCAGGCCGUCAUCAGCUGUUUCAAUGGAUUCGCAUUGGAUGUUUUCCGGGCCGAGCAAUGCAAAGAGGGCUCGACUGCCCUGCCGGAAGAAAUCAAAGCAGUGCUCUCGCAUUCUGCAGGAUUCGAUAACAUGAUGUUGUGAGAAAUAAAUAAGAAAAGAAAAUUCUGAGAUUCUAUUUGUCCCAGUGGUCACUUUAUGUUCCUUGGACAUCUUACAAGUAGUAAUGAAAUUUGGUGAAUUAAUUAGCGUUCCAGCAGUUUGAAGUUAGAACUUGUAUCUUGCAUCUGGUGGGUGGAAAGCUGCAUGUGCCUGCUAAUUAGCAAUGUUCCAACUCUUCUCAUCCUGGAAUAGAAUUUUACAGUUCACUGUCAGUCAGCUUGAAGGUUUCAAUGAUGAUUUGAUUUGUGUCUCA